AUGGAGCUUGAUUUUGACACAAGUGUCAGAAGUUGGUACUCUUGUGAUCCACUGGAGCUCUUUACAGCUCCCGUAGCUAAAAAAAUACGUAGCGAUGAGACUCAAAAAAAGAUUGAAAAGACACUAUGGAACGAGGCAAAGCAAAGUCAGUGGCUCGUGCUGUGGCUAGAUUGCGACCGUGAAGGAGAGAACAUUGCCUACGAAGUUAAAGGAAUAUGUGAAAAAUCUAACCGGCAAAUACGCGUUUUUCGCGCCCGUUUUUCGGCUCUAAUACCUCGCGAUAUCAUUUACGCAGUGCAACACUUGUCAGAGCCCAAUGAAAAACUCUCACUUGCAGUUGACGCUCGAUCGGAAAUUGAUUUAAGAAUUGGCGCAGCAUUCACAAGAUUUCAGACAAUGCGCAUUCAAAGCAAAUUUCCCACACUCAAGCGGGAUAGGAGUGUCAUUAGCUACGGUCCGUGCCAAUUUCCUACACUAGGUUUCGUUGUUGAACGAUAUCUCAUGGUACAGAAUUUUGAACGCGAGACAUUCUACUACAUUAGCGUAACACACCAGCAGAGUGAUCAACCAGGCGCACCGACAACGGCCUUUAAGUGGAAGCGUGGCCACCUUUUCGACCGUUUGGCAUGCUUAUGCAUUUAUGAGAGCUUAGUGGAGAGCCAAAGAGCAACAAUUGAGUUGGUCGAUAAGCGUCCGUCUUGGAAACGAAAGCCCUUGCCCCUUACAACGGUAGAGUUACAGAAACGAGCGUCGCGGUGGUUACGGAUCUCGUCGGAGGCAACGAUGAAGGCAGCAGAAAGUUUGUACAAUAAGGGUUUAAUUAGCUACCCCCGAACGGAGACGAGCGCAUUCAAAACAGGCACGGAUCUUAUGGGCUUAGUGCGGCUGCACGAAAAUCAUCAGCAAUGGCAAAACUAUGUGAAACGUCAGCUGCUAGAUGGAGGUAAAUACGAAGCGCCCCGGCACGGCAAGUCUGAUGAUCAAGCACAUCCUCCGAUUCACCCAACUAAGAGUGUCGACAUCAAUACAUUAUCAGAUCCAAACGAGAAGAAGGUGUAUGAAUUUGUCGCUCUUCAUUUCUUAGCGUGCUGUAGUCGGGAUGCCAAAGGCAGUCAGACAAAUGUAGUCAUGAGAACGAUGGGCGAGACUUUUACAGCAUCCGGACUGAUGGUGGAGGAGCGAAAUUACUUAGAUAUUUACAAGUAUGAGAACUGGAACGCGUCAGCAAUUCCAGUUUAUCAGCGGGGAGAUGUAUUUCGUCCGUCAACUGUUGUAAUGCUUAGUGGAGAGACAAAUCCGCCACCCCUUCUGUCGGAGGCUGAUCUGAUUGCAAAAAUGGAUACAAAUGGAAUUGGCACUGAUGCUACCAUCGCUGAGCACAUUAAAACUAUUUUGAAGCGUGAGUAUGCCAUCAAGGUGAACAACAACACCCAGUUCAAACCUACAACAUUGGGGCUGGCGCUAGUUUUGUCGUACGAGCACAUGGGCCUCGAGUUGGCGAAACCGGUCCUUCGUGCAGCGAUGGAGAAUGAUUGUAAAGCGAUUUCGUUGGGGCAAAAGCAAAUGAAAGAAGUGGUGCAGUCGUGCAUGGAUCAGAUGAAGAAGAUUUUUAUUGAAGUCAGCCGUCGCGCAAUUGUGCUGGACCAGACUUUUUCAGAACACUUUGGCCAAGCAGUGAGCGACACCGUGUUGCCGUCUUUGGAUAUGCUUCAGACCGCUAGAGAUAGCGGAUCUCGUUUGCCUUUUCGAAAAGAAGAAAUAAAUCGGAGCUCUAAUUCCAACUACACAGCAUAUGAAAGCGAGGAUGCCGGUUCAAUUGUUGACAACGCAAACCCAGAAGGACGGCGAAAACGUCAUCAGAUUGUACCACAAUCUUUUGACCCUUUGCAGGAGGAACUGAUGCCACCACAUUAUGUGCCAAGCAUGACUGCAGACGUACCUCAGUGCGAAGUUCACGGUUUGCCCUGCUUCCAACGGAAGGUGGCUCGCGACGGCCGGAAUAUAGGACGCAUGUUUUACGUCUGCCCGCUGCCUCAAGGGGAAAAGUGCAAUUUUUUUGCUUGGGUAUCCGAAACCAACCCAAGCGUUAAUCCUGUUGUUAAGUGUCCUGGUCACGAUGAACCGUGUGACGAGCGAUCAGUCAAGAAGGACGGUCCUAACAAGGGACGACAGUUUUUUACCUGCCGACGUAGCCUAACAGACAAUAGCUGCGGAUAUUUUCAGUGGAAGGAUGAAGUGACAGAGGGACAUGGUAGGUCAGCGAUACAGUCUACUCCGAGAGUUGCUGGCGCAUCAAGUACUACACCAAGGUGUUCCGGACAUAAUACUGCCUGCGACUUGCGCACAACCAGAAAGGCUGGUCCAAACCAAAAUCGCGAGUUUUAUUCUUGCUGUUUUCAGGGAGCAGCUAGCUGUGGAUACUUCGAGUGGAAGGACGAGCAGCAUCGACAGGCCAUUUCUUCUUCCAUGCCAUCUUCUGGGAGCUGCGGAGGUGACAGUGGAUUGCCCACGUGUGAGUGCAGCCUAAUUAGUAUCUUGCUGACAUGUAAGAGUGGUGUGAAUAAGGGUCGAACCUUUUACAAAUGUCCAAAUCCUCAGGGCAGUCAAUGUAAUUUUUUCCAGUGGGGAUCAUAG